GUUGUUUGUUAUUUCCACUUUUAUUGUAACCACAAGCUCCGACUGACGUAGCAUAUUUGUCAUGCCAUAGUCAGCUCAAACAAAAUGGGUAAAAGUAGGCAAGGGUAAAUUAUUUAGCAUAUGGAAAAAUAAAGCCUGAUUUGGAAGGUGGUAUACGUAAUACCGUAGCCGUUAUCUUCAAGUUACAGGCAGGGUGACGGAUAAAAAGCUGAAUAAUCUAUUAAAAAGAUGGCUGUGUAUCAAAGUACCUGAUCCGGAAUUUAUAGUCUACUUUUUUUUUUUUUGAAGUAUAAAUACAAAGGAUUUAUCCAUAAAAAAAAAAAAAAAAGAAAUCACUUUUAAAUACAUAGAAAAAAUAGAAAUAAUGUCUGGACCAAAAACAUUCAACGGCUGGGUUUGCGAAGGAAAAGGCGAGUCUUUGGAAUGGAAGGAGAUGCCACUUCGCGCAGAAGAUGAUUAUAGUGUAGAUAUGGAUGUCACCCAUUGUGGUAUUUGUGGUUCUGAUGUUCACACACUUGAAUCCAACUGGGGACCAGCAAAUUACCCUAGUGUCGUAGGCCACGAAAUUGCCGGUGUCGCAACUCGUGUUGGCAAGAAAGUGACAAAUGUCAAAGUGGGUGAUCGUAUCGGUGUUGGUGCACAAUCUGGAUCGUGCCAUGAGUGUGGUCCCUGUAAAUCUGGCUGGGAGAAUUUAUGUAAAGGUACAACUCGUACUGGUACUUAUAACAGUUUCUGGCCCAAUGGCGAUAAAUCCUUUGGUGGUUAUGCUGAUAGAUGGAGAGGUGAUUCAAGAUUUGUUUUCAAGAUUCCUGAUAACAUGACAAAUGAAAUCGCAUGUACCUUUUUCUGCGCGGGUGUUACCAGUUAUGGUCCUUUAAAGAGACACAAUGUCAAUAAGGAUUCUGUUGUUGGUAUUAUGGGUAUUGGUGGUCUUGGUCAUUAUGGUAUUUUAUGGGCCAAAGCAAUGGGAGCACGUGUCAUUGCCUUGUCUCAUAACGACAAGAAGAAGGAUGUUGCUAAAGAGUUGGGAGCAGAUGAUUACGUUAUCACAUCAAGCGAAGAGGAUUUAAAAAGUAUCAAGGGUCAAUUGACACAUAUUCUUUGUACUGGUGCUAGUGACGAUUUUGCUUGGAAGACAUUCAUCCCCUUAUUCAAGCCUAACGGUACCUUUAUCAAUGUCAGUCUUCCUUCUUGGAAUUUCCCUGAAGUUCCUCCCAUGAUGCUUUCAAUGAGUCAAGUAAACAUUUGUGGUUCUGCUAUUGGAUCACCAGCCGAGAUUGAAGACAUGUUGAAAUUUGCUGCUGAACAUAACGUAUUGCCCUGGAUUCAAAAAUACCCUAUGAAGGAAGCACCCAAAGCACUUGAAGAUUUUAACAAAAAUUUACCUCGCUUCAGAUUUGUCUUGGAAAACUAGAAUCUCUUGAAUAUACUCAAACCUUAUAUAAUAAAUUACACUUUGUACUUUGCAUUCAUGGAAUAUGUUCUAAACAAUCCAAUUAUUUCAUGUUUGUACUAUAGUUUGACAGAGCCGUUAACUGGUAAUUCCACGAGAAGCUCUGCAGACAUUCAUUAUGGCUUUUGCCGAUUUGUCAACACACUUCAGUGACCGUGUGACUCGAGAAAGAGGGUAUGAUAGGCUACAUAUAUUGCCACCUUGCGUCAUUAAGAAAGAAGCCCUAAAAUAACAACUACUGGUUACAUAUUUGUCAAGUCAAUAAGACAACCCCGGAUGCUUGAACCGAUGUGCCCAUUAC